AUGUCUACGAGAAGUCACGGGCGAUGGUUUCACCCAAACAUCUCGGGAGUGGACGCGGAGAAGAUGUUGAUGGAGAGGGGCUUUGAGGGGAGUUUCCUGGCGCGGCCCUCGAAGUCCAAUCCGGGAGACUUCACGCUAUCGGUGCGACGCAACGGUCAGGUGACGCACAUAAAGAUCCAGAACACGGGUGACUACUACGACCUCUACGGCGGCGAGAAGUUCGCCACUUUGGCUGAAUUGGUUCAGUACUACAUGGAAAACAUGGGACAACUGAAGGAGAAGAACGGCGAAGUGAUUGAACUCAAGUUUCCCCUCAACUCGUCGGAUCCGACAUCCGAGCGCUGGUUUCACGGCCCGCUGUCCGGCAAAGACGCCGAGAGACUGGUCCUGGAAAAGGGCAAAAACGGCAGUUUCUUAGUGCGCGAGAGUCAGAGCAAACCCGGCGAUUACGUGCUCACCGUACGUACCGACGACAAAGUCACUCACGUUAUGAUCCGAUUUCAGGACAAUAAGUUCGAUGUCGGCGGUGGAGAUAAGUUCGACUCUUUGAGCGAUUUGGUCGAACACUACAAGAAGAACCCAAUGGUCGAGACCACGGGAACUGUUGUCCACGAGUUCUUGGUCGAUUACACGCGCGUACUGCUCAGAGAGGUGGACAAUACCAUCGGCGCCGACUAUAUCAACGCUAAUAUGAUUACUAUUGAUGACGAGAAUAACAGUCCGGAUAACAACAGAAAGAGAUAUAUUGCAACUCAGGGUCCGCUGACCAACACAUCCGGUGACUUCUGGUGGAUGGUAUGGCAGGAGAACUGCGCCGUUAUUGUGAUGACCACUAAAGAGAUAGAAAGAGGCAAAAACAAAUGUGUCCGCUAUUGGCCCGAUAGGGGACAGACCAAAGAGUUCGGCAAAAUUGUGGUCAAAACCAUUAGUGAAAAGCCGACCAUUGAUUACACGUUAAGGGAAUUCUCGGUUUGCAAAGAGAGCGACAAUUCAAUCACUCGGACUAUAUAUCAUUACCACUUCACCGCUUGGCCCGAUCACGGCGUGCCCUCCGAUCCCGGAUGUGUUCUUAACUUUCUUCACGACGUGAACCGGAAGCAAGAAGCCAUUGAUGACGCCGGCCCUGUCAUUGUCCACUGCAGCGCCGGUAUUGGAAGGACUGGUACUUUCAUAGUUAUCGACCAAAUAAUAGAACAAAUCAAAAGACAUGGACUCGACUGUGAAAUAGAUAUUCAAAGAACUAUACAAAUGGUUCGUUCCCAGAGGUCUGGUAUGGUUCAGACCGAAGCACAAUAUAAGUUCGUAUACCUUGCGGUUCAACACUAUAUCGAGACAUUACAGCAAAGGAUUCUCGCCGAACAGAAAAGUCUACAGGCGGGCCGGGAGUACACCAAUAUUAAAUACACGAGCGAAGCAGCCGCUGGUUGUGAUACGAAUAAGUUGACGUCCCAAACAUCCCGUCCCGCAUCGGUUGGCAACAACUCGUUUGUCGGCUCUGACAGGAGUUUAGUUCGCCAUCACUGCGAGCCAUUAAGACACGACAAGUCUGUGGUGAUGAACGAAUUGGAUAGUCUCAGACAGGAGGCCGAGACCCUCAAGAACACCAUCAGAGAUGCGCGGAAGGCUGCCUGCGAUACGACUCUGGUUCAGGCGACGGCUAAUAUGGAGCCCGUGGGCCGCAUACAGAUGCGCACCCGACGCACCCUCAGGGGUCACUUGGCCAAGAUCUACGCCAUGCACUGGGGCUCCGACUCGAGGUAUACAUUCGUCGGCUACCGCCACCCCAUCGACCCGAGCGUUCAAUUUGUUUGUUUCGCACUUAACAGCAGAUACUUAGUGUCGGCCUCACAAGACGGCAAACUGAUUGUAUGGGACGCCUACACCACUAACAAAGUUCAUGCCAUUCCCCUGCGCUCCAGUUGGGUCAUGACCUGUGCUUACGCGCCCUCCGGUUCAUACGUGGCGUGCGGUGGACUCGACAACAUCUGCUCCAUCUAUAGCCUCAAGACGAGAGAAGGCAACGUUCGGGUCAGUAGAGAACUGCCCGGACAUACCGGUUAUCUGUCCUGUUGUCGCUUUCUCGAUGACAACCAAAUAGUGACCAGUUCUGGAGAUAUGACCUGUGCUCUCUGGGAUAUAGAAACCGGUCAACAGUGCACAUCAUUCACUGGCCAUACGGGGGACGUAAUGUCGCUGUCGUUAGCACCAGAUAUGCGAACAUUCGUGUCCGGAGCCUGUGAUGCAUCCGCUAAGUUAUGGGACAUUAGGGACGGGACGUGCAAACAGACAUUUCCCGGUCACGAGUCAGAUAUUAAUGCCGUUACGUUCUUCCCUAACGGUCACGCAUUCGCUACCGGUUCUGAUGACGCGACGUGUCGUCUCUUUGAUAUACGCGCUGAUCAGGAGUUAGCCAUGUAUUCACACGACAAUAUCAUUUGCGGCAUCACUUCCGUUGCAUUUUCAAAGAGUGGUCGACUCUUACUCGCAGGUUAUGAUGACUUCAAUUGCAAUGUUUGGGACUCUAUGAAGGCCGAGCGCGCAGGAGUGCUGGCCGGACAUGACAACCGAGUGAGUUGUCUGGGUGUGACAGAGGAUGGUAUGGCAGUGGCGACCGAAUUGGAUCUAUUGGUGACAACUGUGGCCACACAUAUCACCGAUGGAUUCGCUCGCUUUAAUAGAUCCGUCAAUAUAUAUGGCCAUAAACUUGAGGUGUUGGGUGUGAACCAGAAGUGGUUGGGCGGAGAGGUGGCCACCAGUCCGGGCGGCGGACAUAAAGUCAAUUUACUCAAGACAUUCAUCAACCACUAUAAGAGGGACACCAAUGUAGUGAUACUUUUUGUUGACAGCUUUGAUGUGAUCCUAACCUCAAGUCCUCACGAAAUACUGAAGCGAUUCAUUGAAAUGGACGCCAAAAUUGUCUUCUCAUCCGAGGGUUUCUGUUGGCCCGACAAGACAUUGGCUUCAAAGUACCCGAAGUCAGAAGUGGGCGGGAAGCCGUUUCUCAACUCUGGGGCGCGGAGUUUAGAUACUUUACCACAGGUGGAGACUCUAAUGAAAUUGGAUAUAAAGUUGGAUCAGAGGGCACACCUGUUCCAGAAUUUGAACGGAGCUGUCGGUGACGUGGAGAUUAAAUUUUCUGCCGAAGACUCGUACGUUAAUAACAAUGCCUUCCAAAGCAAUCCGUUGGUAAUCCAUGGCAAUGGCGGCAGCAAAGUUGUGCUCAACUCUUUGGGCAACUAUUUGGCGAAGUCAUGGCAUCCCAAAUACGGGUGCCUUUCUUGCGAUGAAAAUAAGACCACUAUCGAGGGAUUACUGUUUAUGGAUCCGACAAACCCGACCAAACGGAACCACUGGAAUGGAUGGCCAGAAAUUCUGCACUUCGACUGCGAUUACUAUCUUUCCAUUGAUUCCGACGCCAGACUUACCAAUCCUUCGUCUCUUAAAACUCUUAUUCAACAAAAUAAGACUAUAAUCGCACCCCUUUUGGUUCGACACAACCAGGUUUGGUCCAACUUCUGGGGCGCCCUCUCCUCUGAAGGCUUUUAUUCCCGAUCUCACGACUACAUCCAAAUAGUCAAGAAUGAGCGCCGAGGCGUUUGGAACGUGCCGUUCAUAUCAGAAGCCUAUCUAAUCAAAGGAAGUCUAUUGAAAGGCCGAGAAUCCAAUGAAGUGGAGCCGAGAUUUUCACCUCAUUUUUAUAGCAAUAAAUAUCCCGAUUUGGAUCCGGAUAUGACUUUCUGUGCAAUACUUAGAGAUAACGGAAUCUUUAUGUUUGUAACGAAUAUAGAAGAUUUCGGACAUUUAGACCCACGACUGGCCGGUGGCUAUGAGAACGUUCCCACAAGGGAUAUACACAUGAAUCAAAUAGGGUUUGAACAGCACUGGCUCUACUUUCUUAGGGAAUAUAUACGACCCGUUCAGGAAAAGGUGUUCAUCGGCUAUUCUCAUGACCCACCGAAAGCUAUAAUGAAUUUCGUGGUCCGGUAUCACCCGAACGAACAGCCGUCCCUUCGCCCCCAUCACGACGCCUCCACUUAUACCGUUAAUAUUGCACUCAAUUCUGCAAACAUUGAUUAUGAGGGAGGGGGCUGUCGUUUUGUGCGAUACAACUGCAGUGUAACUAAUCCUCGUAUUGGUUGGUCUUUCUUACAUCCGGGAAGACUGACUCACUUUCACGAAGGCUUGAGGAUGCCUCGUUAUAAGAAAACUGAUUUCGAUGAUGACGAGGCCUCUGAUGUCAGUAACUUUCCCACUGAUAUCACGGUGACAGGCAUUGGUAACCCUAACCUAUCGGCUAGUGGUCAGCAGUUAGCAUCAGAAGCUCAGGAGCAGAACCACCAAAAGUUUUCCAACUCUCCGGGCGUUUCAUUUCUGAGUCCAGUCAGUGCCACCAGUAAACGGGUCCGCAGACGGGGCUUUUGGGACCGCUCCUCGCCUUUUGAAAAAUUGUUAUUAAUUGUUAUCGCAUUUCUCAGUUGUGUUAUCAUUAUAUUAAUAUCCGUUUUGACCGCUCAGUCAAAUACAACCUUUCAGGUGCACGUCAGCACUCAAAACAAAUUUGCCAGUGCUAUCAUCAAUGCCAUUGACUUUAAGACUGAUCCCUGUGAUGACUUUUAUCAGUAUGCGUGCGGGGGUUGGGUUCGCGACAAUCCAUUACCCGAUGGGAAGUCCAUUUGGGGAACAUUUGGCAAACUAUGGCAGGAAAACCAAUUAGUCAUGAAGAAUGUCUUAGAAGAGAGCAAACCUGACAGCAAUCCACUGAGUGCUGAGCGGAAGGCCAGAGUAUACUAUCACUCGUGUGUCGAUAAAAACGAGACAAUUGAAAAAUAUGGACCAAAACCAAUGCAAGACUUUCUCAAAAACAUUAAAGGAUGGAAUAUAAGCGGGGAUUUCGAUGUGAAUGAAUGGGAUUUUCAGGAAUCCCUUGAAUUACUGCACAACGUCUACAAUAGGGGCGGACUAUUCUCAUGGGCUAUGACAAAAGUGUUGGAGUUUGAGAAGAAAUUGGCUCAGAUUACAAUUCCUGCGGACCAGAGGAGAGAUGACGAAAGGACUUACCAUAAGAUGACUCUAAAAGAAAUGAAAAGAAGGUGUAAAGUGAUAGACUGGGUCUCAUAUUUCAGACGCGCUUUUGAUAACAUCAGUCGACCGAUCACUGAAAGCGAGCAAAUUGUAAUCUAUUCGCCGGAAUAUAUGACUAAUUUAUCGGAUCUAAUAGAGGAUCACUUGAAAGACGAUCAAAACAAGAUUGUCCUAUCCAACUACAUGGGCUGGUCUGUCGUGCAAACUAUGACUUCAUGUCUAUCGAAGCCCUUCAGAGAGGCCUCAAAGAUAUUAAGAAAGGCUUUAAUGGGAUCUGAAGGGACAGAGAGCCCCUGGAGGUAUUGCGUCACUGACACCAACGGUGUGAUGGGCUUUGCUUUGGGGGCGAUGUUUGUGAAGGCGGUCUUCGACGGAGAGUCCAAAAAGAUGGCACAAACCAUGAUUGAAGAGGUGAGGGAUGCGUUCAAAAACAAUUUGCCUCAUCUUAAUUGGAUGGACGAAAACACGAGACAAUUGGCUAAAGAAAAGGCCGACGCUAUCACUGAUAUGAUUGGUUUUCCUGAUUUUAUUCUCGACUCUAAUAAAUUGAACCAGAAAUAUGACGGGGCGCCCUUCUACGACAUUAAUUAUCCGAAGUCACUAAAUUUUGGAGCAAUGGGGGUAGUGAUGGGCCACGAACUCAGUCACGCAUUUGAUGAUCAGGGUCGAGAGUACGACAAAAGUGGCAAUCUUCACCAGUGGUGGAAGAAUAGCACAAUUAGAAAGUUUGAGGAUAGGAUGAAGUGCUUUAUUGACCAGUAUAAUAAAUACACGAUUGGAAGUGAACAUGUAAAUGGGAAGCAAACAAUUGGUGAGAACGUUGCCGAUAAUGGAGGUCUUACAGCGGCUUAUAAUGCGUACAAAUCAUGGCUCAGCAAACAUCCCACAGAACUACCGCUUCCGGGCGUGAAUCUCACGAAUUUGCAGCUCUUUUUUGUGGGCUUUUCACAAGUUUGGUGUUCAACGAGUACGCCCGAAGCAUUGAAACUACAGAUAAUGAAUGACCCGCACAGUCCGGCACAGUUCAGAGUCAUCGGAACCCUUUCCAACUCCUAUGAAUUCGCUCAACAAUUCAAAUGUAAACCAAAUUCUCGUAUGAAUCCGGAUCCGGACAAGAAAUGUGUCGUUUGGUGAACACAUUGUACUUAAACUUAUUUCAUCCAGUUUACUUAUAAGAGUCGAUCUCUUAUUUCAAUAUUUGAUUCAUUCAUUUAUUACUACAUCGUGUCGAUCAUUUGUCAAGUUUUUGUAUUUUGUGAUUAAAACGUUAUUCAAUUAAUGGAAGAACUUUGUACGUUUGAUACAGUAUUUGGACAAUACUUUAAAAUUUUAUCAAGUGAUAAAGUUUUGGUGAGAAAGUGAUGAAAAAUGGAUUUUCAUAAAUAUUAGUUUUAAAAGUGUUUUUGAGUCAAAUAUUCAUAAAACUCAACACUACUCCAUCGAUUAACUACUAUUGUGUUGAUUGUGUUCAUUAUAUUCACGAAUUAGUUUUUGUUUCA